CGCCCGGCCCGCUCGCCCGUCGCUCUGAGCGCCGCCUCUCAGCCGCGCCGCCGCGAUGGCGGAGGACAGCGAGUCUGCGGCCAGCCAGCAGAGCCUGGAGCUGGACGACCAGGACACGUGCGGGAUAGACGGCGACAAUGAGGAGGAGACGGAGCACGCCAAGGGGAAAGGAAGUUGUAAUUAAGGCUGAAGGGGAAGAAGGAGGAAGUUGUUACGAGGAAGUCCUGGAGGGGAUUUGGGAGCCAAAAAGAAAAAGAAGAAACAGAAGAGAAAAAAAGAGAAGCCAAAUUCUGGAGGCACAAAGUCUGACUCUGCAUCUGAUUCCCAGGAGAUUAAAAUUCAUCAGCCUUCAAAACACAACGCCAUCUGGCAGCAGAUUUCAGCAGGAGCAGCCACAGAAUGCGACCAUCCCCAUGCAGAAGCUGCAGGAUAUCCAGAGAGCAGUGGAGCUGCUGUCAGCAUGCCAGGGCCCGGCCAGGAACAUUGAUGAGGCAGCCAAACGCAGAUACCAGUUUUGGGACACACAGCCAGUACCCAAACUAAAUGAAGUCAUAACUUCUCAUGGUGCAAUUGAGCCAGACAAAGACAAUGUACGUCAAGAACCGUAUUCUUUGCCACAGGGUUUUAUGUGGGAUACUUUGGACUUGAGUAACGCGGAGGUGCUCAAGGAGUUAUACACAUUGCUAAAUGAGAAUUACGUAGAAGAUGAUGACAAUAUGUUCCGCUUCGACUAUUCACCAGAGUUCCUAUUGUGGGCUCUGCGUCCCCCAGGAUGGCUCCUGCAGUGGCAUUGUGGGGUCAGAGUAUCUUCAAAUAAAAAGCUAGUAGGAUUCAUAAGUGCCAUCCCAGCCAACAUACGAAUUUAUGACAGUGUGAAGAGGAUGGUAGAAAUCAAUUUUCUUUGUGUUCAUAAGAAAUUGAGAUCCAAACGGGUAGCCCCAGUGUUAAUUAGAGAAAUAACCAGAAGAGUGAACUUGGAAGGAAUUUUCCAAGCCGUGUACACUGCCGGAGUGGUCCUUCCUAAGCCUGUGGCCACAUGCAGAUACUGGCAUCGAUCCCUAAACCCCAGAAAAUUGGUAGAAGUGAAGUUUUCUCACUUGAGUAGAAAUAUGACAUUACAGAGAACAAUGAAGCUUUACAGACUGCCGGAUGUUACAAAGACCUCAGGCUUGAGACCAAUGCAACCAAAAGAUAUUGGAGCUGUCCGAGACUUGAUCAACAGUUACCUGAAGCAGUUCCAUCUGGCUCCAGUGAUGGAUGAAGAAGAAGUGGCUCACUGGUUCCUCCCUCGGGAACAUAUUAUUGACACAUUUGUAGUGGAGAGCUCCACUGGGAAGCUGACUGACUUCCUGAGCUUCUACACACUCCCCUCCACAGUCAUGCACCACCCCGCCCAUAAGACCCUGAAAGCUGCCUACUCCUUCUACAAUAUCCACACAGAGACACCGCUGCUGGACCUCAUGAACGACGCACUCAUCAUAGCCAAGCUGAAAGGAUUUGAUGUAUUCAAUGCACUAGAUCUGAUGGAAAAUAAGACCUUCUUGGAAAAACUCAAGUUUGGUAUAGGAGAUGGCAAUUUGCAGUAUUACCUAUACAACUGGAGAUGUCCAGGGACAGAUUCUGAAAAGGUUGGACUUGUACUCCAAUAGAUGGAUCUGUUGAUUUCUAGAGCUCUCACAUCCUCAUUUGUUAAUAUCCUAUUUAACAACUCCUGGAACUGCCAUUCCAAAGAAGAGAAAAAGCACAAGUGAAAUUGAAGGAGUCGGUAACAAUCAGAAAAAAGGAAAAACACCUGUGUGACAAGUAGUACACAUUUGUAGCUAGAAUGUUAAAUUUAUCCUGUUUCUGUUUACCCACUAGUCAGAAGGAUGAAAGGGUACAAAGAAUACAUUCCUCUAGUUUUCAAACUGUAGGCGCUUGUGAAGAAAGGGUAUUUUCCCACUCUAUAGAAAUGGAACUGUUUUUCUAUGAACUAAGCAGAAUUCACAGCAUUGUGUAAGAAAAUCUUUGCUGCUUUGUGGAGAUAAACUGCUGCAUUUGUAUUUAUUAAAUAGUGGUAUAUUCGUCUGUGUAACAGAACAAAGGAUCCACCUGGAGAAUGUUGACAUACAUCACUGUCCGUGGUGUCACAGGGGACGUGUGUGGAAUGACAACCAGAGGAUAUCUAAGAUAGAGCAGUAUGAACAUGGAGAGGGCAUUUAUUCUUCUCUAAGCAAAGUUGCCAAACCAAUAAAUAUACAGAUUCGUACUUGA